ACCACACACUCUGCUCCUUUCUGUUGCGCAACACUCGCUUUCUGUGGCUCCUGUUGAUUCAGCCGUGGCCCCGAGGAGGUCACAGAGACAUAACGGGAGGCAAGGCUGGCCUUGACGCUGUUUUGGGACGUUUGCCUGCGUUGAAUGUUCCCGGCUGUCUCCCCCUCGAGCUGCGGAUCUGUGCUUCUUUUCUAGGAGGCCAUGGUUAGCAAAACGCCUUUUUCACAAUCUUGUAAUUUCUGUCACGGCUCGCGGCUUAGCUGUUGUGAAGUUCAGCGAUGGUCGCGUCUGCUUUAAGCGUGGAGGGUCCUAUAGGUCUCGUCACAACAGCGCAACAACCUUCUAGACCUCCGCUCGCAGGCUCCUUCGCAAGCAACCAGCCAAGUUUAGUAGGGCCGACUAACGAGAAGAAGAUGAAUGGGACGAUGGAGGGAAACCAGGCGAACCAGCCGCCUCCUUUUUUAACAAAGACGUACGACAUGGUAGAAGACCCGACGACGGACCACGUGGUUUCGUGGAGUAGUGGUAACAACAGUUUCGUCGUGUGGAACCCUCCCGAGUUCGCCAGGGACCUCCUGCCGAAGUACUUCAAGCACAACAACUUCUCGAGCUUCGUCCGCCAAUUGAACACCUACGGGUUUCGCAAGGUGGACCCGGACCGAUGGGAGUUCGCCAACGAGGGCUUCCUGCGAGGCCAGCGACACCUCCUUCGCACAAUCCAGCGUCGCAAGCCCGCGUCGCAGACGGGAGCAGCGACGAACGCCCCGUUGCCGCCCGGCCAUCCGCACGCCCCCGCGUCGCUGCACGGCGUGCUCCCGGUCCCCGCGUCCCCCAGCCUAGUCGAAGUCGGGAAAUUCGGUCUAGAGGGCGAGGUGGAGAGAUUAAAGCGCGACAAGAACGUGCUGAUGCUGGAGCUGGUGCGGCUGCGGCAGCAGCAGCAGCAGCAGGCGAGCACGAUGCAGGUGAUGGAGCAGCGCGUGGCGAUGAACGAGCAGCGGCAGCAGCACAUGAUGACGUUCCUCGCCAAGGCCGUGCAGAACCCCGCCUUCCUCGCGCAGCUCGUGCAGCACCAGGCGGACCACGCCAAGCGCACGCACGCGCACGGCGGCCACGCGGGCAUGGGCGGGCGCAAGAAGCGCAGAAUCGCGAAGCAGGACGGCGGGAACUCCCCGCCCUCGGGGUCGUCCUCCCCCAGUGUGCAGCCCGAGGGGCAGAUCAUCGCCUUCUCCCCCGCCGCUGCCGACCCCUCCAUGUUCCUCCUAGAGCAGUUCUUCCCGGGUAUGUCCCACCCGGGCAUGGCCCACCCAGGCAUGGCUCAUCCCGGCGUGGGGCACCCGGGCUCUAUGGCCGUUGACACGUCCCUCGAUCCUUUCUUUCAAGACCUCGCUGCUGCGGCCGCCGCUGCUGGCUCCUCCCAGCCGCUCCCGCCGCGCCCCUCAACGGUUACUCUCACGGAAAUGAACGUCCCUGCUGAGGGGAGCUAUCCUCCCAGCUCCUACACUGCCGCCGCUCCCUCUGCUUCCACUGCUGCUGCCACUGCCGCUGCUACUGCUGCUGCCGCUGCUACUGCUGCUGCCGCUGCUACUGCCGCAGCAGCUGCUGCUGCCGCUUCUGCUGCUGCCACUCCGUCUGCUGCACCAGCAGCACCACCAGCCGCCACCGUUCACCCUCACAAUGCUGCCGCUCUCAUGGGUACCACGGCUGCUGCUCUUAUGGGAAGCACAGCCGCUGCCGCCACUCCAGCCGUAGCAGCGCCACCAGCAAUGCCGGUGCCCACGCCUCACCCUGGCAUUCCCCGGCCAUUCCCCUUGCCCUUCACCCCCCUCCCCAUGCCCUACCCCCCCUCCCACCCAACCGCCGCCACCGCUGCCGCAGCAGCAGCAGCUGCAACAGCUGCAGCAGUAGCAGCAGCAGCAGCACCAGGAUCCGGGUAUUCCCCAGCAGUGCCGCCAAUGGUGCCCACGCCCUUGGCUUUUCCCCCCGUGGUGCCUCCCCCUCCCCCUGGCAUGGACCUGUCGCAGAGCCUGCUGGUGCACGGGGCUAAGAUCAGCCCGCUAGGCAUGCCCGCGCCCUACAGUGCUGCUGCGCCGCCGCUGCUGCACCCCUACCACCUGCUGCAUGCCUCUGCUGCUGCCAGCGCCCCUGCCAAUGCCGCUCUCGCUGCCACCGGUAGUGCCUCUGGCUCUGCUGCGUCCCUCGGUCCUGCCGGUGCUGCUGCUACGCCUGUUGCCGCUGUUCCGCACCCUGCCUCCGCACCUCUCAUCAGGGAACUGACAGCUGAAACUUCAGGGAUAGGGGAUGCCAGUUGUACAGCAGAUGGCGCAGUGUCAAGUGCAAAGGCCGGGGCUAGAGAGGACCUGGGGGAAGGGCUGGACCUUGAGGGCACUGGGGGGUUUAAUGACUCGUUCUGGCAGCAGUUUCUUAGUGUGGCGCCGGGGGAGGGGGAGGCGGAGGGGGGAGGGGAUGGGGCAGGGGAGGCGGAGGGGGAGCAUGGAGUGGGGGAUUUGAAUGUGGAUGAGCUGGCGCAGGGGGUAGAGGGGGCACAGGAAGGGGAGCAAGUGGGGUAAUGGUGUGAGAAAGGGGCAUUUUUUGUUAUAAAUUUUGAGUAUUGAGGUGAGUAUGUGCGAGAGGAAGUGUGAGGAGUAUUUUGUGUCUGGCCUGUUGUGCACAGGAGUGUGUCAGAUGAGGUGGGUUGUCAACUUUUGAUGCACGUUGCUGCUGAUACCCUAGAGUAUCUGAACUCUGCGGGUUGUGACUCGCGGCUGUUAUGGUUUUCACCUCCCCUCUGCUGUCCCCCCCUACCUGCUCCUACAAUCUUCGCCUCUGGGAGUCAUGACAUUUGAGAUGGAGCAGGAUAGUCUUAACAAAUGUGUCCAUGAGGCAUACUACUAGUACCCAUGUGUGCAUAACAGUCCUGUAGAAGUAUACUGUAGAUGUUUGGUGCUUUGUAGGGAUCCUCCUGACAAUAUAUGGUAGUAGUAAGCCCUCAGAUUUCAGGCAAAUUUCCCUGAUUCAGGGCUUUUUC